CAAAAGAGCAUUUUCGAUACAUACCUGUACCUAUUGGGUUCAGCUCGUCCAACUAGCCCAGAGCAAGCUUACAUAAGAUGAUCUAGCCGCACGUGAUGUGUCCUUGCUUCCUUGUCCUAGCGGCUCAAACUUCGCGCUAGGGAGGUUAAGGAAAUUCGUCGACGAGUCCACUUCCACAUUUCUACUUCCAUAUUUCUACAACCACCAACUUCAUCGCAAACCCUCCUUUCAUUGACAAGAUGGCUUGGCGACAGCAAGGAAGCACUGGCUCGAACAAUAUCCCUCUGGGCAACAAGCGCAGAUUCGGAGGCGAGACGGCAUCCCCUCGCGACGACAAUGGCUACAAUCUUACCCAUCCUGAUGGCGGAGGAGUCAAGCGUGGUCGCAGUCCGAUCAAAGAGGAGCCCAUGGGCGAUGGAUCUCGACGCCGCAAGAAGAGAAAUCGUUGGGGAGACGCGACGGAUAACAAGGCAGCAGGGCUCAUGGGUCUUCCUACUGCGAUCAUGGCAAACAUGACAAGUGAACAGCUUGAAGCUUACACUUUGCAUCUUCGUAUUGAAGAGAUCAGUCAAAAGCUCAGGAUCGAUGAUGUGGUUCCCGCAGAUGGUGACAGAUCUCCUUCGCCACCUCCCCAAUACGAUAACUUCGGUCGCCGUGUCAAUACUCGAGAAUACCGAUACAGGAAGCGUCUCGAAGACGAGCGCCACAAGCUGAUUGAGAAGGCUAUGAAAGUCAUUCCUAACUACCAUCCUCCACAAGACUAUCGCCGCCCCACUAAGACACAGGAGAAAGUUUACGUGCCAGUCAAUGACUACCCAGAGAUCAAUUUCAUUGGCUUACUUAUCGGUCCUCGUGGAAAUACCUUGAAAAAGAUGGAGACAGAAUCCGGAGCCAAGAUUGCCAUCCGUGGUAAAGGAUCCGUCAAGGAAGGAAAAGGUCGAUCUGAUGCAGCACAUACCAGCAACCAGGAGGAAGAUCUUCAUUGUUUGAUCAUGGCAGACACCGAGGAGAAGGUCAACAAGGCAAAGAAGUUGAUCCACAACAUCAUUGAAACUGCUGCAUCCAUUCCAGAAGGCCAGAACGAGUUGAAGCGCAACCAACUUCGUGAACUUGCGGCCCUGAACGGUACUCUCCGAGAUGACGAGAACCAGGCAUGCCAGAACUGUGGUCAAAUUGGACAUCGAAAAUAUGACUGCCCAGAACAACGUAACUUCACGGCCAACAUCAUCUGUCGUGUUUGUGGUAACGCCGGCCAUAUGGCUAGGGAUUGUCCUGACCGUCAACGUGGCGCUAAUUGGCGUAAUGACGGUCCUGGAGGUCCACCCGGUCCUACAGCUGGUCGGAUUGGUGCAGGUGAUGCUGUUGACAGAGAAUAUGAACAACUCAUGCAAGAACUCUCUGGAGGUGCGCCAGCAAACGGAGAAGCCCCAAGACGUAUCGAGUCUGGUCCAGCUGGAGGAUUUGAUCAAGGUGCCCCAGACGAUGUCAAGCCUUGGCAACGUGGUCCUACAGGUGCUGCUGCUCCGUGGCAAAAGCGUGGAGAUGAUCGUGGAUUUGAUUCUCGAGAUUCUGCUCCAACUGGUGGAGCGGCACCGUGGGCUAGAGACCGCCGUGCAGAGAAUGGUCGUGCUCCUGACUCGUACUAUGGCGCUCAGGCUUCUUUCAAUGCACCACCAUCCGGACCUUCUGGCAACGCUGCUCCUUGGGCACAGCAAGCCCCUGCUGCACCGGCGGCUAACUACGCUGGAUACGCCGUUCCAGGUUAUGGUUACUCAGCCCAACAACCAAUGGGGGCACCUCCCGGAUUGGCAGCUCCACCAGGGCUGAGCGGUGCAGGUCUCUCUGCUCUGUUGCAACAGUUUGCUGGUUCUCCACCCCCUCCUCCACCAAGCUCGGCCGCACCACCCCCACCACCGGGCAGUGCACCACCGCCUCCUCCCUCGGAUGCUCCUCCCCCACCUCCUCCUGGUAACUAGGUUUAUUUGUUCCGGAUCCGCCUAGGUCAUUCGCGUGUUACUAACAUAGGGGUCCUACCAGGUUGGAUGCUGGUUUACUUACUGCUUACUUUGCAAAUCCUUCCGUACAUCAUUGUAGUAAUAGAAACGAAGUUCGUCC